GGCAGCGUUUCCUCCGGGCUCCCUGACGCCGAGCCCCUGAGCAGCACCCGCCGGUCCCAGCUCCUGGAGCCGGCGGGGGGCUGCGGUAUGGGGGAGCCCCAGCUCUGGCGGGGCUGUCCCCCAGAACCCACAUCCCUUUCCAUCCCCCCCCUUGCUCCGUGGCCCCAUGCAGACCCCGGGGCCCCAGCUCUGCCCCCGCAGCCCCUUGCCUCCAGCACACUGCUCUGGGAUGGGGAUGAGCUCUGGGAGGGAGCCCAGAGCCAAGCUGUGGGCAGAAGGAUGGGGGUUCCCCCCUGCCCUCUCCCAGCAAACAGCCCCAGCCCCUCUCCUCCACAGAGGCUUGGUCUUGGGGGGUCCCCGAGCUGUCCUCAGCCCCAGGGUUGCAGCAGGGUCCUGGGGGCACAGGGGGCAGGGCACAGGGCUCCCCUGCUCCACGAUGGGCUGGGGCUGGGGGUGGGCUGUGACAGCAGCGGUGACAGCGAGCGCUUCCUCAGCGCCGUGGAGACCCUGGAGCCCAGCGAGGCUGGGGAGGGGCUGGAGGCAGCUGGGGGGCUGGGCAAAGCCCCCAUCCCAGCUGGAGCUGCCCCCCAGGAGCUGCCCCCUGCCAGCCCCUCAAAUGCAAAGCAGGUACAGGGUGAGGAUUUGGGGGGGGGCUUGAGGGCAGCCCCUUGGUGUGAGGAUGGCUCAGACAUGGGGGAUGUAGGGGAGCUGCUUGUCCAGCUCCAGGGGUGCAGCCUCCAGAGCUCCUCCCCACACACCCCAGGGCCCUUUUGCAGCCCGACCCGUCUCACCUCCUGGGACCAGGAGCCCCUCAGCUACUGCCACGUCACCCCCAGGUCCAAGAGCCGCCUCCAGGCCUCUGCAGCACGGCUCAGCACCUCCUCUUCCUCCUCCCUCUUCGGCAAGGACACGCUGGAGAUGCCCAGGAGGCCCCCCAGGCUCAGAGCACCCCGGGGUGUCCCCAGGGAUCCCCCCAUCCCCUUGGGGCCCUGCACCACCUCACAGGGUGAGGAUGUGUCCAGCAGGGACACAGAAGGGACAGGCUCUUUGGAUGACACCGAAAUCCUCCCCAGGGUCCCCAGCCAAGCCAGCCUGACCCCAGGGACCAGCAGCUCCCCUGGCUCCAGCCCCACGGUGCUGCUGGUCCCUGGGGACCACGGCCACCCCCACGACUCCCCAUCAGACACUUGGGCUUCCCCCCAUGCCACUGUCAGCCUCAGGGCACUGGAGGGUGGCUCUGAGUGGCAGAACCCCUUGUCCUUGGGGACACACCAGCCCAACUGGCCCCAGGGAAGCUUCAGCCACCUCCAGGCCCCACAGCCACCAGGCAGCACCGCGGUGGAGCCGGGGAGCCCGGCUGUGCCAUUCUCACCUGCCGCCCACAGCACCCGCUGCCCCCAGGAGCAUCUUGAGGACGAGCAGCAGGGACAGCUGCCCUUUGAGCAGCACAGCCCUGGCACAGAGGCCACCAGCAGCCCUGAGGAUGCCAGGCUCCAGGCUGGGUGGGCAUGCUCAGUGCCAGCACGGCCCCUCUCUGAUGAAGGGCUGCGGCGGCGGCUGCGGGCGCUGGGGCACGAGCCGGGGCCCGUCACGGAGCUCACGCGGCGGCUGUACCAGCGGCGGCUGCAGGAGCUGGAGAGGGGCUCCCGGCCCAGGAGGGCAGUGUCAUGGGGCUGCCGGUGCUCCCUGGUGCCACGGGGCUGAUGAUGCCAUGGGGCUGACAGUGUCAUGGGGCUGAUGGUGCUCCCUCGUGCCAUGGGGUUGAUGGUGCCAUGGGGCUGCCCCAGGACACAGCCCCGAGCUGGUGACCGCGCUGCGCACUGGCUGCAUCCCUGACUGUGCCCAGGACGAGCUGGC